AAAUACUUCAUUAAUUACCAUUCAAUGCCACUCUCCCCCUCUCUUCUUCCCAUCUUCAAAAUACUCUCUCUCUACAUUUUCUUCAUAAUACCCUCUCUCUCUCUCUCUCUCUCUCUCUCCAUCUUUUUUUUAACUCUUUUGUUUCUGCAACUUAAAACAUUCCAUCCAUAACCAUCUCUCUCCAAUAUACCAUACAAAUAAUAUAUUUACUUAUGACCCUUUUAAUUUUCUUCCUUCACUAUGUAGAUUGUAGCUGUAUUUAUGAAGUCUGAGCACUUUCUGAUCCGUACAAAAAUUUGAAAAACAAAAAAAAAUUCAAUCUUUUUUCUGGUUGUGAAGUCGAGGUUUUGGGGAUUUUGGGGCUAAAGAUUGCAACUUGAGCAAUGAACAGGAGUUUUAUAGCUCCGGAAAGAGGAAUGCAAAGUGGGGUUUUGAAUCAGAGGCAGCAAACGAGGGCUGCUGCGAUGAAGGAGAAGGAUGAUGAGCUUGCUUUGUUUCUCGAGAUGCGGAGGCGUGAGAAGGAGCGUGAUAGUCUGCUUGCUCAGAAUGUCGAUGAGUUUGAGGCUCCUUUGGAAUUGACAACGGGAAGUUCUCCUAUAUUUAAUAUUGAAUCAACCACACCAGCGCCAACAAGAAAGACUGCUGCUGACGAGUUUCUGAAUUCCGACAAUGAUAAAAAUGAUUAUGACUGGCUUCUGACUCCUCCCGGCACUCCACUUUUUCCUUCACUAGACAUGGAAUCACUAAGGACCUCUGGGAAUCACAAUGGAAGUCCUAAAGCUCGACCAACUGCUUUGAAAUCUAGACUUGCAAAUUCCGAGCUAGAGCCUACUGCAAGAAACAACCUUGCAUCUAGACAGUCAGUUUUGGCUCCUGGGUUGAAUACAUCCAGUGCAGGAGUCAGAAGGCCCUCUUCUUCUAGCGGCCCAGGAUCAAGACCUGCUACACCAACUGGACGUCCUACUUUGACCUCAGCCUCUAAACCUUCAGUGGUUUCAGGUUCUAAACCCUCAUCCAUGACUGCAUCCAAACCAUCUGUUACCAUGACAUCUAGACCUACAAGGUCUUCAACACCCACUCGUGCCACCUUGCCUUCAACUAAGCCUGCAGUCCCUGCAAGAUCCUCAACACCUACAGCAAGGUCUACUGCAAGAUCCUCCACACCUACAUCUACUGCAAGAUCCUCCACACCUUCAUCUACUGCAAGAUCCUCUACACCUACAUCGAGGCCUACUGCAAGAUCCUCUACACCUACAUCAAGGCCUACUGCAAGAUCCUCUACUCCUACAUCGAGGUCCACUGCAAGAUCCUCAAUGCCAACUAGACCUUCUGCCCCUGCAACGAAGCCUACAUCCAGGCCAGCAACACCAACUCGUAGACCAAAUACGCCGUCAACCACAUCAAAUACAUCUGCUCCCCCAGUAAAAUCUCCUUCAGUUGCAAAAGCAGCUACUACUGCGACAAGAAAUCCAGCACCCCCACGCCCUAGCUCCCCCACAGUGAGACCAAGACCGUGGAACCCCGCGGAGAUGCCGGGUUUCUCUAAUGAAGUUCCGCCUAAUUUACGUACUUCACUUUCUGACCGGCCUCCAUCAGUUACCAGGGGAAGGCCUGGUGCGCCAAGUGUUCGAUCUUCUUCAAUUGAUCCUGCUCCCAAUGGAAGGAUUAGACGUCAAUCAUGUUCGCCAUCAAGAGGACGUCCACCUAAUGGAAUGAAUUAUAACACUGGUAACUCCGUUCCUGCUUUAAAUCGUGCAUACGCUAAAGCUAAUGACAAUGUGAGUCCUGUUAUGUAUGGAACCAAGAUGGUUGAGAGGGUUAUAAAUAUGCGUAAACUUGUGCCACCAAAGCAGGAUGACAAACACUCACCUCGUAGUAACUUAUCUGGCAAAUCUUCAUCUCCAGACAGCUCGGGAUUUGGACGAAAUUUCUCUAAGAAGUCGAUGGACAUGGCUAUAAGGCAUAUGGAUAUAAGGAGGAACAUUCCUGGAAAUCUGCGACCUUUAAUGACAAAUAUCCCUGCUUCCUCCAUGUAUAGUGUAAGAUCUGGUCCUGCACCAAGAAGCAGAACAAUUGGCGUUUCAGACUCUCCUCUUGCAACAAGCAGCAAUGCCAGUUCUGAAGUGAGUAUCAGUAACAAUGCACUAUGCGUGGAUACAAGUGAAUUUGAUGACGAUAUUAACAGUGAAAGGGGUGUUCCAUCGCCUGCCAGUGUAAGGGGCAGGUGAUGAUCAAUGUUGAGUUUAAAACUAGUUAAGUUACCCAUUUCUAGUUAGUUUUUAUUAUCUAGUUGCAUUAGAGGAGGUACUAGUUAUGGCUAGAGAGAACUGAUAGAACAGGUGGUUUUUAUUUUCGCAUAAUUUUAUGUAAAGUUAGAUCUGACUAAUUAGCUCCUUCCGUAGUCUUGGCAAUAUGAGAAACAUUUGAAACCAUCUGUCUCUGCAACUUACCUGCGUCCGCAGGGGAUUUAGAUCAAUGUUUAAAUACUUGUCUACAUAA